AUGGGUACGAGGUCAAUUCGUCGCGAGACAAUUCGUCGCGGACAAUUCAUCGCGUGGAUAAUUCGUCGCAUGGACGAUUCAUCGCAAUAUCGAUGCGGUGGUGCAUUGUCAUGCAUGAACAUCCAAUUUUUGUUGGAUGAGUCGAAUGCGUUUUCAAUAAACGAUGUUAAGAGUUCUUCGAUGAUCUUAACAUAUGCGCGUCCAUCAACUUUACCAGAAUAUAUGACUAAUGGACCUCUAGCACCACCUGCCAUGCACCCCCAGACGCUAAUGCUACCUUCACCACCUUGCACAUUUGGAACAAAAUUGAAGCGUUGA